UCUCUCGAAAGCCAAAUUUGUAUUCACAUAUUUUUAUUAUAAUUUAAUUUCGUUUUGGAAAUUUUAAUAGAAAAAUUAUCUUAAUCUUGGGUAUCGUUUUGUACAGCACUAUAGUUAAUACAAUGUAUCUUGCGGAUUUCAAGAAUGCAGACCAAGAAUCUUUCAUCAAGUGUAAGUACCUAAUUUUUAUUGUAAAUACAUCCAAUCAAUUUAUUGAUGCACUUUUUGAUUCAAUUUUUGAUUCUGGUUACUAUAUUCAGCCAAAAUGGUUCAAUUUUAAUUCAUAUUAAUUUUUAUAACAAUUAUUACAUUUUUGUUAAUAUUACUAUCUAAAAUGGUUUAUCAUUUAUAAUAAUUUAUUGACUUGACCCAAUUUUAAAUAAACUUAGUAUACUAAAUUUUUAUUAUUACUCAAUGCAUAAUAAAACAACUUAUUAAAGUUUUAAUUUACAUAAUACCAUUUAUUAGAAACUACUCAUAACUACAAAUUAUUUGAGCAUUUAGUUAUACUUAAUAUGUAAUACUUGUUUUAAAUAAUAGACUUGAAUUAAUAUUUAUAUUCAUCAUUAUAAUAUUUUGUAUUUCUUAAACAAAAUUGUUCACUAUUAGUUGAUUAUUGUAUAUUUUGUUAAUAUAUGAUUAUACAAAUAAUUAUACUUAUUUAAAUAAAAAUAAACAAUUCAAUUUUUUUCUUAAAAUAACUUAGGCACAAAUUUUAUCAAUUAUUGUUUUGUUAUUUUUAGUGUAAAUAACUAUGUGAUGAACAUAUGUUUCACAUUGUUACAUUGUGGCUGGUCAUAUGAUGGGAUGACGAAAAGGAUUUGUUCAGAAGACAGUAUGGGUGCUGGGGUUUCUUCUAAUGAAUAUCCAAACGUGGACGUUCAAAAUUAUCCAGGAGUUAUUAUAAAGUAAUUAUUAUUCACUUUAUUUUAAAAUUAUCUUACCUAAAUUAUAAGUAUGUAUAUAUGUAUAUAUUUAUAGGGAGAGACGUAAAAUGCGUAUGUCUGGUUUUGCCACUUUGCGCAAGAAGCUCAUAAAGCGCCGUCGAUAUUCUAAAGUAUGCAACCACGGCCGUAUCAUAAGAGAACUGAUAUCUGAUUGGUCACCAGCUGAAGUUACUGCUUUACUUGAAGAAUAUGAAGCAUUAGCUGCCCUUAAAGACUUAUCUGUACAAGCAGAGUUAGCAAGACCUCCAGCUGCUACAUUCAAACAAGACCUAUCUACACUUUAUGACCAUAAAUAUUGUACAGAUGUCGAUCUCAUUUUUCGUGGUGUCUGUUUUCCAGUACAUAGAGCAAUAUUAUCAGCUCGAUGUCCAUAUUUCCGUGAAUUGUUAUUAGGGUGUCCAGGUUAUGGAGCUCGUAUUUGUUUAGACUUGAGGACACCUGGUGUUGAUGUAGAAAUGUUUUCAGCAUUAUUACGUUUUUUAUAUACUGGUGAUAUAGCUCCAAGAGAUGGAGAUAUAGAUUUAGCAUUAUUGAGAAGACUCGGUGAUGAACUCGGUACACCAAAUGUGUUAGAAAAUGAUUUAAGAUACCUCUUAGAGACUGGUGAUUAUGCAGAUGCUGCACUAGUUUUUAUUCCGGAAGGAUAUUCAGAUCGAAGGCCAGAAUCUACUGGAUCCGAAUAUGGCUUUCAACCAAAAUUAGAAUUACCUUGUCAUAAAUCUAUACUUAGUGCUAGGUCACCAUUUUUUAGGAAUCUUAUACAACGAAGAACUAAAUCUGGUGAAGAACAUACAGAACGAGCUUUACACAUUCCUACAAGGUUUGGAAAACAACAUAAUAUUUCAUAUUGUUUUUUAUAAUUUUAUUUAUGUUGUAUUUUUAUAUAUUUCAGGAUAGUACUUGAUGAAUCAGUCAUUCCAAAACGAUAUGCUAGAGUUCUAUUACAUGCAAUUUAUUUAGAUACAGUUGAUUUAUCUCUUAUAUUAAGAGGUUCUGGAUGUGGUUCUUCUGCUGGCAGUUUAAGCGAAGUAACAAUGAUUUUAAAUAAUAUUAUAUACUUUAAAAACUAAUGGUUAUUUUUAUUUUAGGUGGAAGCUCUAACAAAUACAGGGCGUGUAAGACCUAGUCCUUUAGAUGAAGCUAUGGAAUUGUAUCAAAUUGGUCGUUUCCUAGAGUUGGAAAUAGUUUCCCAGGGUUGUGAGGAUCUGAUACUGGAAUGGCUUACUCUAGAAUCACUCCCAGGAGUACUUAGGUAAUUAUGCUAAAUAAUAAUAUUGGUAGCUAAUAGGCAACAUGCCAUAUUAGCUACUAAGUUGAUUUUUCAAUAGAGCCAAACAACCAUUUUUUUUUUUUUUUAUAUAUAUAGAUGAAUGUAUCCAUUAAUUUAGCAUAUUUAUAUAGUAAUAAAUUAAAUUAUGACUAAGAAAAUAUUAAAAAAAAUUAGUGAUGAUUAUAGGUAAAACUACCUAAGUAGGCUCAUUCAGUUUAGCUUAAAAUAAAUCUAUUACUAUGGUGGAUAUGACUAGUUUCCUGUUAACUAUAAAUAUAUAUAUAUUAUUAUUUAACAGGUAUUGUAAUAAUUUAAUAAUUUAUUUAUAGAUGGGGAAGUUUGCCACAUGGAUCUGCAUGGGUUUAUCGUCAAACUAAACAUUUUUUACGAGAGGAAUUUUCUCAAGUGGCUAAUAGUCCUGUUUUAUAUCAACUUGAUAAAGGUCAUCUUAUAGACUGUUUAAAGAGCCAUUUUCUACAAUCAAGUGAACUUGAAGUAUUACAAGCUGUUCUUAAAUGGGGUGAACAUGAAUUAAUUAGACGCAUGGAGGAUAGAGGUAUGAUAUUAUUGAAUUAAAAAUAUUUAUUUUUGUAAUUUGUUUAUGAUAUAUCAAAUUUAUUUUAGAACCAAAUUUGGUCAGUCAAACAACACAUUCUGUAAGCCGGAAAGGUGUGAAAAAACGAGAUUUAAGUGAUGUAGAACUGCGUGAAAUAUUAUCUGAACUCUUACCCUUGGUGCGUAUGGAUCAUGUUAUUCCAACAGAACACGAGACUCUAACGCAGGCAAUACGAAGAGGUUUAGUGAGUUCUCCACCUAGCCAUAUGAUUGGUAAUGAUUCACCGAUAUUGUCCCAUCAUAUGUCCCGAAUCAAUGCUUGGAUUAGACAUCCAUCAGGACUUUACGUGAGGCCUAGACUAUUUAUUCCAUACUACGAUGAAAUAAAAGUAAGUUUGAAAAAAAAAUUUAUAAUUUGAGAACUGUAAAUACUGGUAUUUUAUAUUAAAUCUAUUAUUAUCAACUUUUUUUUUUAUUAGUAUUCUAAUUAUUAUAUUUUACUAAGUUGUUUAAUUUCAAAUAUUAAUAAUUUGAUUUAUUUAAAAUUUAAAUAUUUCUGACAAUAGAUUUUAUCCAUUUGCUAAUCGCGCAAUUUUUGAUUUAGUCAUUAUUUGAAGAUCAAAUGUUAAGAGAGGACGAAGAGCUUGUAAGACGAACAAGAUACAUGCCAGAUGGAAUACCUGACACUUUGUAUAUGAUUGAGGAAAAACCUACUCCAUCAUCAUACGGCCUUUCAUCUCUUGAUGUCUUGACAGCUUCAAUACCAAGUAUAAAUAUAAUAUAUUUUUAUUAAUUUUGACAGAUAUUAUUUAAAACAAAUAUGUAUAUUAUAACAGCACCAGAUGCAUCAACCAUGAAUGCAAUGGUUAAGCGUGACCAAAAAUUAAGAUCUGCCCCAGGUUGUCAACGUGCAAUAUCACUGCCAUUAUCUAGUCGUCAAGAGAUAAAUCAUCAAAUAAGAUUAAGAGUUGUACGGGAAUUUAAUUUACCUGAUCCUGUUGCUUAUCUUUUAGAAGUAUACACAUAUUUAUAAUAGAGUUUAUAAUUUUUUUUUUUAAAUACGAGUUUAAUUUUUAGAAAGCUGCAAGUUCUGUAUGUUACUGUGGUGGAGGUCCUGAUGAAAAACCAAAAGAAAACACAAGAUCUCGUAGCAGUCGUACAAGAAAAGAAAAACGAAAAGGUUUAGCAACUAGCACCUUGCCAUCUGUUUAUGCACAACAGAAAUUAAGAAAACAACAUAGACCAUAUGCUGUAAAUGAUAUGGCUUCAUCAUUACGAUAUUCAAAUAAUAUUAGGGUAAGUAAACUAAGUUAAAUUUAUUAUUUUUGAAAUAAUAGUUUUAAUUAUUUAAAUAGUAUGAUGAUGAUGAUGAUUUUGAUGGCCGAGGGGAGCAAGUUAUCAUGCCUGACGUUGCAGCUGUAUCACUUUCAUUGGAUCAGUUAAACAUAUGCCCAGUUCUUGGUCCUGAAACUGAGUUGAGAUUAGACCUAGGUGACAGUUCACCUAAUCAAUCGCCAUAUAAAACACCACCUCCUCCUAAACAUUUUAUUUAGAACAUGCUAAAUUGAAUGUAAUUUGUAAGAUUCCUUGUUAUUAGUUUUUAAAAUACCAUACAAAUGAUUAAUACUUGUCUAUUAGAAAAAAAAAUAUAACUUCAAAUUAAUUUUGUUUUGAAAUUCAGUUAUAGCUAUAUUGGAGAAAUUAAAACAAAUUAUUCUUACUUUUAUAUUAAUUUGGAAACCGAUAUUAAUUUUCUAUUACAAUUGAGUCAAAUAAUUAUCUGAUCGACAAGUGUUACUCAAUUAUUUGGUAAUAUUUUAUUAAGUUUCAUAUGUAUACAUUUCUUCAGCCGCUGAUUCUCAAAUUUUACCAUGCUCAAGUAUAUCAUAAUGAUUGUCCUUAAAUGUGAGCAGCGUUAUUUAACUGAGUGUUUUAGUUUAUUACUAUUUUUAUCACCGUUUAUCAUUUUUGUUUCCAAUUAAUAAUGUUUUAUGUUAUUAAUUUUACACAUCUUUUGACUGGAAUAGUGUAGCUUCAACUAAUUUUAUUUGGCCAUUUCCAAUUGCUUUUUAAAUUUUCUUGUCUAAGCAAUAAAUAGAUUUUGUUUUACUGUUUAGUUAAUUACAUUAUUUAUUAUAUUUUAUUUCAUACCCGUCCAAUAGUGAUAAAAAUUCUUCCUACCAACACUGAACAUUUUCAGUGUUUAUUUAAUGUUGUUGUUGAGUAUGUUUUGUUUUGUUUAAUCUUUUUUUAUUUAUUUAUAAUAUUACUUUUUUUUUUCUUUUGAUGGCCUUUGCAAAUUGUUAGUUACGUUUUUUUGUUUAGUAUUUUUCAUCUCUUCAUUUCUUCACGAUGCGUGUCAGUACGAAAUAAUAGUAUUGUAAAUAUAUUUAUUAUAUAAUAAAGCAAGCAUUAUGUCGUUGCCGUCCGCUAUCACUUUUGUCAACUACCUAGUUUUAAAUGUUGUUCUAAUUUCUUCUAGUUUUUGCACACAGCAAAAAAUAUUUUAGUUUUAAAGUUUUGGGGAUAUUGCAAUAAAACAGACAUUGAUGUGUCUUUAUAUUUAAAUAUAAAAAUUUAUAGCUAAAUAAUUUAAUUACAGAAUAUUUAUUUUUAUCUGUUUUUCUUUUUCUAUAUUGUACCUGAAAAAAAUCCAUAAAUUAAUAUAUUUUUGUUUAUACAGUUUUAAAAUAACAUCCCAAUAAGUAGCAACAUCAGAAAACAUAUGUAUAUAUUGGUUUACAAAUUAUGCAUUUUGUUUAUUUUGUUAAUGAACUGGUUAUUAUUUGGAAAUCAUUACUAAAAUUAAAGCCUCGGCUUGUGUAAAUGGAAUCCGAAUUAAAAACAAAAAUGUUUAAAAGCCAAACUCGUACAACCUGGGUGCUUAUUCCAAAACACAAUGUAUAUAUAUUUAUUUCUUGUUAAAUUCUUUAGUUACUAUUUAUCUAAGGGUAAUUUUUUUUUUUUUACAGUUUAUAAAUAGAUGAACUCAUAAUUAAAUUAUUUCUUCCUGUUAGACACACAAAAAAAAAAAGUCAUUAUAAUACACUUGCGCUCAAAAUAAGUUGACCGUUAAAUAUUUCAUAUUGUAAUAAAUUGAAAAAAAAAAAUUGUAUCCAAUUAUGUAUGUAUCAAUGCUUAGGGACCAAAUAAACCCGUCUAUUGUUUAUAAAAAAAAAAAAGAAAAAAAAGAAAGAAUACAUAGCAACGAAACAAAAUAAGUUAAGCAUAUUAAAUUAGUUAUUAUAUAUAUAUAUAUAAAUAUAUAUAUAAAUAUAUAUAUAAAUACCUAUUAAUUUCAAUGUAUACUUUUAGAUAUUAUUUGAUAUUCCUUGCCGGUCUGUGAUUCUAGUCUGUCGUUUUCUGUGAAAACUGUUAUCCUAUAAAUUGGCUUCACAUAUUACAACAUUGUGAUGUCCACUGUUAAUUUACUCCUUGAACUUGUGUUACCAUAGUCUUGUAACAAAAGUCUAUGGUUGUGUUAUAUAAAUAUAUAUAUACAUACAUAUGUAUUUCAAUUUAAAUUGCAUUUUAAUUUUUAUUAAUUAUAACAUUAUCGUUAAUAAUGUAUGAUGUAUUUUUAAAAAAUACUUCAUAUUGUUAUAAAACCCCUUUUUUAUUUUUACUGUACUUAAAUAUGGUAUACGUUUUCACAUAAUAAUAGUUUUAAAAUCUAUCAAAUAUAAUAACCAAUUUUUUAGGAUUAGGUUAAGAUAAAAUUAUAAUAUAUAUUAUAUAUAAGAAUGAAAUAAAUAUCGUGUGUAUAGUGUAAUGUACAAACGCAUUUUGUUGAUAAUUUAUAUUAGUUACAAUAAAUUUGUUUUUGUGAUUAAAAUAUGUUUACAUUUAAUAUAUUGGUCUUAAUUAAAUAUUAUUUUUGAUGUUCAAUAAAAUUUAAAACAUUUUCAUUGAAUAGAAGGCUUUACUCGCUUUUUCUGUCUUGAUAUAAUUGGAGAUAAUGCAAAAUUACAUUACUGAGAACAUGAAUAGCAGUAUUUUAGGUUGAGAUUAUAGUUUAAACACAAAUAGCAAAAUUUUAAAAAGAAUUAUAUUUUCAAGG